CUCGCGCGGAACCGAGGAAAAAAAUGCAACCACUUUGUGUUCCAAAGGAUUGAAAGCAGACCUGGCUGGGAACAAACAUCAUCCACAAGGAUGUCAAGAGGUGAGCUUUAUGAGCAAUCUUCUCCUAGCUCAAGGUUAUCCUGUGGAUACUAUUCUCUUCACACAGACAGUGGACAGAUGACUAAACCCACAAGCUGCGACAAGUCUACACAGACUCCAAGCCCAACUUGCCAAGCCAUCUACCAUACACAGCACGCCUUGGCACAAGUACAGCUUUUACAGAAUCGUGGCACAGAAGGGAUACACCAAUCUGGAAUACAGGAAGACUCUUCAUCUGUGCCUAUGGAUGUUCAACCCGAAGUAUGGAUCGGACGAGAACUGCGAAGGAUUGGCGAUGAGUAUGAAACACAAAGGGCAAGAAAUCUCAGACCACCAAAUAACCAGAAUGGAAAUUUUGUUCAGCACUUGUUGAACAUACUGUGCAGGAGAAGGAUCAACGGUGUGUGAUCAACUCACUCUUCAGUUUUACUACUGAAAGGAAACCCAGCAAAAAAAAAAGUAGCUAUGCCAUUUUAAACCAGACUAGAUGGCUGAAGUUUUCAGCAGUUUUAGCUUCAGACAGAAAUCAGCUUUUCUUGGACUUGUCUGAACAUUUUGGAGUAUGAUGGAAUGGACAUCAAUGUAUGAUGGAAUGGACAUCAACUCAGAGGCUGAACUGUCGCUAGAGCCCAUCACUUUGCUGAAGUUCCCUGGGAGAUGGCAAUAGGUGUGGGUCUCCCGUCAGGUAAAAACCGGCCGGACAGUUCAGCAGUGGAUUAAUUUUGAACCCUUUCAUUGUGCUCCACAAGCGUUUUUGCAAUUAUUGGAACCUGAGCCAGAAAAUAUCAAGAGCUGCCUUACGUUUCCCCCAAAACAAUCAAAUACAAUCUGAAUUGUUUUCAUAACAGACCCUUUUAUUAUAUAACAGAAAUGAUGUUCAACCCCUGCAGCCCUGAGAAGUGUACAUGUGUAAGUUAUUUUGAACUGUGUAUUUAUUAGAUGUAGAGCAACUUGUGGUUUGUUUUCUCCUCUCUUCUCCUUUUGCUCUGUAAAUCAUUGACAAACUGAAGCAUAACACACCUCGCAACGUUUUUUGUUACUGUGCUGUUAAUUUCUGCUUUAAGUUAUCUAAUUUCACUUCGCUUCUUGCAGUGUUAUCACACUGAAAAGGACCCAGUAUAUAUGUAGCAAAUGUUAAUUAAUUCCCCACCCCUUGUCACAUCCCAUCUGUACCUUCCCACUCCUACUGACCCUGGUUCUCUUCUUCCUCCAUUUUAAUUUGAUUUUACUUCUUUGCACUGAUGUCUGAAGGGGAAUUGACAAUUUUUUAAAUUGUGCAAUACUGCUGUACAUAGCUACAGGGCUUUAUGUACAAAAAUAUUUUGUUUUGAAACUUGUGUAAUUUUGAAGUACAGAUCUUUUCUUACAAUAAAUGUGCUUAAAAAUCAAACCAAAGAUCCUUUACCAUUUCAGUUUGGUUUUAAGUUUAUCUGUAGUUUAUUAGCCUGCUGACUCUGGUUAACACAGACAAUUACAGGAGGGCGAGGUGAGAGGGAGCAUAUGGCACCAAUGGAACAGAGUGUCUGUCCAAACCACCGUAAGGUGGGAAGGUACUGUAAUGCUUAUUUCAUAGAGAUGUACAGCACGGAAACAGACCCUUUGGUCCAACCCGUCCAUGCCGACCAAAU